UAUUAUUACUAUAGAUAAGACUUCACUUGACAGCCUUGCAUCAAACCCAUAGCCGCCUCUGUUUUUCUGCUUGGAAAACACUGCUCUGUUUCUUCGAUUCUAGCCAACCCAUUGAUCAAGUCAUCCUUUUCAAUCGCUUCCGUUCACUGGUUUUGUGUUUUUGCACUGAUUCUGAAUCUGGGUUGUCUUUACUUCUCUGAUUAAUCCAUUUCAGGUAGAUCCAUGGAGUGGUAUUUUGCCAUUGGUGUCGAUGAUCUCGUUGUUCCUAGAGAUCAAGAACUAUCGGACAGGCUUCCGUCCCCAAACAGUUGGUCACAGUGGGGAGAAUUCACAUCAGAAAACUUCAAGUCUGAAAACAAAUGCUUUAUCACUCAGACAAAUUCGACUGGGGAAGAAGAACCUAAGUUCGGUGGGAAAAGCCUGUAUGAAGAAGUUGACAUGGACUUAACUUCACAGGAAGAGGAGCAUUCUAGUGAUUCGAAUGCGUACCAUAGUUUUCAGGAGGGUUCACUUCAGCAGGGUACAAGUCCAUGGGAAAGCCCAGAUUACCAGCUCAAUGACUUGGCCGGAACCUAUUCAACGGAUGACAAUUUCUUGAGUUCAUUGCUUGAAGAAGACCCAACUGGCAUGGAUUCUCUUGAUGGAUCAUUUAACUUGUAUCCCAAAUUUGAACAUGGUGUAUUGCCCGCUGAUGAUCUCUUGACGGACAUGAUUAUAGAAUCCGACUAUGAUCCAAGUCACUUAUUUGUCAUGGGAAGCUCAAAGUAUCUCAAAACACAUGCCUCUUCUCCGUCAGUGGAUUGGGGGCACGGAGAUGUUGCGACUCUUCAUACUUCUCGCAAUUUGAGGCAUAAAGAUAACCCACCAUUAAAGGCAUUGGUUGCAAAGUUUGCACCCUCAUCUGAGCUUGACAUCGUGAACAGACAUGUCGAUGAUGAAACAACACUGGAAGUAUCUGUAUUGCACGAGCUUGAAAGGGCAAUGACUCAGUUAUCGAAGAAAACCAGAAUUUGCUUUCGAGAUGCUUUAUACCGUCUUGCCAAGAACUCACAACAACAAAUGGUGAUUGAUGACCAAGAUCUCAUCCCCGAAGAGCCCCCUCCACUGACAGAUCAUGACAAAACAUUGAGGUUGGAGGACACGAAAACUAUGGAAUCAGAGACGAAUUCCAUUGACAGGGCUGUUGCAAACCUCAUGUUCAAUAAGGUGGAUUCGGGUGGAAUAGAUCUCCUCGCUGCAGUGUCAUCCAAAGAGGAAGCUAAGGGAACAACCAAGCAGUGCAACUACAACUUGAAUCAGCCACAACAACCUCAUUGGCAUCACCACAUUUUCUAUUCUCUCAGGUUGGAGGACACGAAAACUAUGGAAUCAGAGACAAAUUCCAUUGACAGGGCUGUUGCAAACCUCAUGUUCAAUAAGGUGGAUUCGGGUGGAAUAGAUCUCCUCGCUGCAGUGUCAUCCAAAGAGGAAGCUAAGGGAACAACCAAGCAGUGCAACUACAACUUGAAUCAGCCACAACAACCUCAUUGGCAUCACCACACAAGAAGUUCAACUGGUGAUGCCGAAGUUCCAAUCUUCGGUUAAAUGAAGCCACACUUGCUGCUGCAGCAAAUAGAUCCAUUCAAAUUUCUCAAGCACUGUAUUGUAAGCGCUAUGUAGUCUGUACAUGCUGUCUCAACUAAACAGAGAUGCACAUUUCAGAUUUCAUGGAGUACGCGGACCUCUUUAAAUGUGUAUGUAUAUAUAUAUCAAAGUGGUUUGUAUUUGUUAACAGGAUGUGGAUUCUGGAUGCAUCCACUCAAUUUUGGUUAGCACCUAAAUGAGUUAUAUGUUUCUGUUAAAUUGAUUAUUUUUUUUACUU